AGUCGUCCAAUUUUCCAAAUUGGACGUGCGAUAUCGAAUGGCUUUCGCGCGAUUUGACUGAGCAGUCUGGCUCACAAGUUUUCUGAUAAUUAAUCUCGAUAUUUUUAUUUUCAAGAACUGAAGUCUCUUCAUCUCCCCCUACAGAAGGCGAAUCCUAUGAAAUGGAGGGUGCCACUGCCAGCUUCUGGAAAAGAAACUAUUCUCUGCAGGAUCUCUUCGAUAUAGACAGGGAAUUGAAUGCAUCGGUGUUCUUGGAACCAACUCCUAGUGUGGCGUCGUCGGCCGAACUAGCUAUUAAUCCGUUUCAAAACACAACUGAUACUAAUCGUAAAAGAAAAGUUUCUGGAGCUACUAGAGAUGCAGCAGCUGAGAAGAAAAGACUGGUUGACAAGGCAUAUCGUGAACGAUGCAAGGAAAUGAAAAAGAAGACCGAGACAAAAUUGGAUGCACUUACCAAAGAAAAUGAUGGUUUAAGGAGAGAGAAUAAUUAUUUAAAAAAUGAAGGAACGCAGCUAGUACAAACUUUGCAACAUCAAAAAGAUGGGAUGAAACAACUUGAAAAGGAAUUUGGCCAACUAAAGAGCCAGCUGCAUAGACAAAAUACGGUUGUGGAAGUGCUCUCGAAACGACUAGGUGGCUCCGAUGAUAAAGAUCUCCAGCGUGAAAAUGCACAGCUCAAACAUGACAUUAAUCUGUUAACGAGAAAAAUCAACAAUCCAGAAAGCUUGAGUGUACUUCAGCUUCGAGCGAAAAUUGCACUGUUAGAAAAUGAAAAACACUCCUUGCAAGUGAUAGUCGAUGCUUUAUGUGAAAAGAUAAACAACGAGAAGGACCAGCUUGGACCGCAGAACUAGCAUCACAAGAUGUUUGAUCCACAGAAGAGAGAGGUCUCCCGCCGCUCGCAGUUCUGCACGAUUUAUCUCACUACAACCUGUGGUCAUAUAUAUAUUUCAGGCACUUGGAAUAUAAGAGAUUAAACAAAAUAAAAUAAAAUAAUUGCCUGGAGAGUCGAUGGAACCAUUAUCAUUAUUGAUGUACGUAUAUAUAUAUAUAUAUAUAUAUAUAUAUUUGUCAACUUUAUUAAUCUAUUAUAAUUCCAGUUGCUGAAUGUGUUGCCUCGAUGUUCGAAUCAA